AUGUCGGCAAUUGAGAGAAUUUCAGAUGGUCUCACAAACCUGGCUCAUCCUCCUCAAGUCACGGACCUUCCUCAGGGAGUCUUGAAGCUCGAGGCAUAUGACAAUGGAGUGGACGAAGCUCCUCAAUACCCGACUGUGGUACAAGGGCACCGAAACAAUAUGCAAGCAUUCAAGAACUGUGUCAUUUUAACCAGAGUCGGAGGUUUCUACGAGCUAUAUUUUGAGCAAGCGGAAGAAUUGGCAUCAUCUCUUGGCUUAAAACUUGCGACCAAAAAGACCAACGCCGGGCCAGUUCCCAUGGCUGGCUUUCCUUUUUUCCAGCUUGAUCGUUUUCUGAAGAUGCUUGUCCAAGAUCUCAACAAGUAUGUAGCUAUCAGUGAGGAAUUUGCUCUCAGUGCAGAGGAGAAAACGCAAUCAGGCGGCCUCUUGUUUGAUCGCAAGGUGGCCAGAGUCGUCACUCCUGGUACCCUGAUUGAUGAGAAGUUCAUUGAACCCUCUGAACACAAUUUCUUAUUGGCCAUAUACUUGGACGUUGCCAGUAUGGAGUCCAAGUUAAAACAGCAUGCUGAUAGUGAUGCUCAGCUGUCACAUCAACACAUACUGUCCUCUGUCCCUCAAAAGGUAGGGUUGUCGUGGCUGGAUCUCUCGACCGGUGAUUUCUUUACGCAGCUCACAACAACACAAAUGCUUCCAUCUGCAAUUGCACGAAUUGGAGCACGUGAAAUUCUGGUAGAUCAGAAUGUGCAAGAACUCAUUGGGCAUGAAUUACAACUACUAGUUGGGCAUGAUCAUCGCCUGGUCACCUUCUUUCAGUUUCCUGGUACAUUUGAGCCAGUGUCUGAAUGGGGUACCAUGCUUGAGGCUCCCGUUCCUGAGGAUGAUCGUGCGUCCUUCACUACAGAAGAAGUAGCAGCUGGAUACAGCCUACUUGAAUACAUUCGUGUGCAAUUGCAAGGAUCAAACCUCAAGCUUCAGCCUCCCCGCCGAAGACAUCUGAAUGAAUCAAUGAGCAUUGAUCGUAAUAGUCUGAGUGGUCUUGAGAUCCUAGAAACAGCAAGAGAUGGGUUUGGCAAAGGAAGCCUUCUCCAUGCUGUUAAAAGAACUUCAACUAAAAGUGGAUCACGGCUUCUGCGAGACCGACUCACCUCUCCAUCUACAUAUCUCAAGAUCAUUAAUGAGCGUCUGGAUCUAGUCUCGGUCUUCAUGGAAAAUGAGGAACUUCGCGACAGCGUCGUUCAGUUCCUCAAACGCAGCUACGAUUCACAACGCUUGGUUCAAAAAUUCGCGCUUGGAAAAGGAGAUUCAGAUGACUUGAUCUGUCUAUCUCGGGCCAUCCAGGCCUCGAAAGAAGUCAGACAAGUUCUCUUGGACCACAGCAAAACCCCAGUCUCGAACGUUGAUCUUAAAGAUAGCGUGACAGCCAUGAUCUCACGAUUGUAUCUUGAUGGGCCAAUUGCGUUGGCUGAGAAAAUUCUUGCUGCCAUUGACGAAGAAGGCCUCCUGCAAAAGCAACGCAUUGAAGAUAGUACAGCGGCCGAGGCAGCCAGUCUGGCGCAAAAGGUGACUCUUGAUGAGGGCACACCCGGCGAGCUCGAGAGCCUACCGAAAAAGGUCAGAUCAAAAAACAGUGAUCGAACUGUGGCAAUUGACACUGAAUCCGGUCCUGUCGAUACUUGGAUUAUGAGACGCGACGCAAGCAAGAAUCUCAAUGCUCUCCAUGCGGAACUGGAACGGCUAGGCGAUGAAAAGGUUUCACUGACACAAAAUCUCCGCGACUCGGUUGGAUCAAUGGCCUUGACUCUCAAAUGGACACCCGGUCUGGGUCACAUAUGCCACGUCAAGGGAGCCAAGAUAUCCCAAGAGUCCUUGGAAGAAUUGGGUGUUACCCGAAAUGUAUCAUCUACCAAAUCCACGCGGUCAUUCUAUCUACCAGCUUGGUCAGAUUUGGGUGCUCAUAUGGACCAAGUCAAGAUACGAAUUCGUCAAGAAGAGCAGGCGAUUUUUCAGCAUCUCCGCCGCGAAGUGAUAUUGAAUCUAGUCAAGAUUCGCCGAAACGCAGCUGUCAUGGACGAAUUAGAUGUUGGCUGCUCAUUCGCGAUUCUAGCCCAGGAACAACAAAUGGUGCGACCAAUUCUCAAUGACGGCGUCUGCCACAAGAUUGUGGGUGGAAGACACCCAACUGUCAAACUAGGGCUGGAGGAACAAGGCCGAUCUUUUGUGAGCAAUGACUGCUUCUUGGGUGAUUCCGAGCGGAUCUGGCUCAUCACUGGUCCCAACAUGGCCGGCAAAAGUACCUUCUUACGACAGAACGCAUUGAUCACAAUCCUCGCGCAGGUUGGGUCAUUCGUACCUGCAGCUUAUGCCGAGAUUGGUAUUGUCGAUCAGAUCUUCAGUCGAAUUGGCGCAGCAGAUGACCUCUUCCGGGACCAAUCAACUUUCAUGGUCGAAAUGUUGGAAACGGCCGCCAUUCUCAAGCAGGCUACCUCCAAGUCAUUUGUGAUUAUGGAUGAAGUUGGUCGAGGCACGACUCCUGAAGAUGGGACGGCUGUCAGCUUCGCUUGUUUGCACCAUCUACACAAUCAUAACAAGGCCCGCACACUUUUCGCUACCCAUUUCCAUGCUCUUGCAGAUAUGACGCAGGAAUUUGAGUCAUUGGCGAGAUACUGCACGGAUGUCAAGGAUACAGCUACCGGUGGAUUCUCCUUCGUUCAUCGUCUGCGGAAGGGCGUGAAUCGCCAGUCUCAUGCCUUGAAAGUUGCACAGCUAGCUGGUUUGCCCAAAGAAACCCUCGAGUUGGCUACGCGAGUCCGUCAGCAGAUGAGGGACGAGACACCUCCACCUCAGGUCCCUGGUGAACAUUAA